GAGGGGGUAAAUAUUCCAGUGGAUACAAGCUUGGACUCUUUUCUUGAAGCUUUCUUUCUAUCAGAAGCAUUUGCUGAUAUUGCUGACAUUGAAACAUUAAAAGAAAAUUUGAGAAGCAAUGUGCAUCCUGAAGCUGCAAGUAUUUCUCAUUGUGCUCUCUGUUGCAUUGAACCAUCUGAAAGCUACACCCAUUGAAAGUCAUCAGGUGGAAAAGCGGAAAUGCAACACUGUCACAUGUGCAACGCAGCGCCUGGCAAAUUUUUUAGUUCGUUCCAGCAACAACUUUGGUGCCAUUCUCUCAUCUACCAACGUGGGAUCCAAUACAUAUGGCAAGAGGAAUGCAGUAGAGGUUUUAAAGAGAGAGCCACUGAAUUACUUGCCCCUUUAGAGGACAAUGUAACUCUAUAGUUAUUGUUUUAUGUUCUAGUGAUUUCCUGUAUAAUUUAACAGUGCCCUUUUCAUCUCCAGUGUGAAUAUAUGGUCUGUGUGUCUGAUGUUUGUUGCUAGGACAUAUACCUUCUCAAAAGAUUGUUUUAUAUGUAGUACUAACUAAAGUCCCAUAAUAAAAAGAUAGUAUCUUUUAAAAUGAAA